AUGCAGCAAAUAGGAAUAACGGCGGCGAAGCGGAAGGAAAUAAUUGACAAAAACAUGCAGAUUUGGAACUAUGAACUAGGACAGAUGAUUUUGCCUUUUCCUUCCGGCUGUGGAUGGAUAUUAUUUCUUAUUUUACUUAGUGGUGGAAAUAGUGUUAGUAACCAUCAUAACGAUAGUGGUAGUCAUGCUGAUAGUAGUUGUCAUGGGGAUAGUGAUGGUGAUGGUAGUGAUGACAGAGACGAUAUUAGUGAUGGUAAUAGUGGUGGUAACAAUAGCAGUACUGAUGAUGGAGGCGCUGGUGAUGGAGGUGUGCGUGGUAACUGUGAUGCUGGUGAUGGUGAUGGUGAUGGUAGUGAUGACAGAGACAAUAUUAGUGAUGGUAAUAGUGGUGGUAACAAUAGCAGUACUGAUGAUGGAGGCGCUGGUGAUGGAGGUGUGCGUGGUAACUGUGAUGCUGAUGAUGGUGAUGGUGAUGGUAGUGAUGACAGAGACAAUAUUAGCGAUGGUAAUAGUGGUGGUAACAAUAGCAGUACUGAUGAUGGAGGCGCUGGUGAUGGAGGUGUGCGUGGUAACUGUGAUGCUGAUGAUGGUGAUGGUGAUGGUAGUGAUGACAGAGACAAUAUUAGUGAUGGUAAUAGUGGUGGUAACAAUAGCAGUACUGAUGAUGGAGGCGCUGGUGAUGGAGGUGUGCGUGGUAACUGUGAUGCUGAUGAUGGUGAUGGUAAUGGUAGUGAUGACAGAGACAAUAUUAGUGAUGGUAAUAGUGGUGGUAACAAUAGCAGUACUGAUGAUGGUGGCGCUGGUGAUGGAGGUGUGCGUGGUAACUGUGAUGCUGAUGAUGGUGAUGGUGAUGGUAGUGAUGACAGAGACAAUAUUAGUGAUGGUAAUAGUGGUGGUAACAAUAGCAGUACUGAUGAUGGAGGCGCUGGUGAUGGAGGUGUGCGUGGUAACUGUGAUGCUGAUGAUGGUGAUGGUGAUGGUAGUGAUGACAGAGACAAUAUUAGUGAUGGUAAUAGUGGUGGUAACAAUAGCAGUACUGAUGAUGGAGGCGCUGGUGAUGGAGGUGUGCGUGGUAACUGUGAUGCUGAUGAUGGUGAUGGUAAUGGUAGUGAUGACAGAGACAAUAUUAGUGAUGGUAAUAGUGGUGGUAACAAUAGCAGUACUGAUGAUGGAGGCGCUGGUGAUGGAGGUGUGCGUGGUAACUGUGAUGCUGAUGAUGGUGAUGGUGAUGGUAGUGAUGACAGAGACAAUAUUAGUGAUGGUAAUAGUGGUGGUAACAAUAGCAGUACUGAUGAUGGAGGCGCUGGUGAUGGAGGUGUGCGUGGUAACUGUGAUGCUGAUGAUGGUGAUGGUGAUGGUAGUGAUGACAGAGACAAUAUUAGUGAUGGUAAUAGUGGUGGAAACAAUAGCAGUACUGAUGAUGGAGGCGCUGGUGAUGGAGGUGUGCGUGGUAACUGUGAUGGUGGCUGA